AUGCGUCCAUCUUCUAAGGAUGAUUUGUGCCAGUUCUAUGCAAGGCAUAUCGAAGUGCGCAUGAUCUUUCGGUUUCCUUUGAGAACCGAGUGUUGCGUUUGGAUCGUGUUGAGGACGCUGCAGAACGGUCAGACCUUAGGUGCGCACCAGAAUGAGGUGUAUCAGGAGGCUCCAGAGUACUCCGAAAAUUCUUGUGUUGGCAAAUCAAUGAAGUGCCGAUGGUUCAUCAAAAAAGCUAGUAAGAAGGUGAUGGUAUCCGAGGAGGUGACAUAUUUCUCAAGUGGCUGUUGGCUGUGGGCUUUAGGACGCGGUCUUGAAGGCAAAUGCCAUGGCGUUGGCUUUAGAGGUGCUCAGUAUGGAUUAUUCCUGCUUCCAAGAGUAGCAAACCUUGGAUGA